AUGCGUUUGCUGAAAUUCUUUUCUGUUGUUUUUGUGUGUUUUGGACCACAAUUCGGGAGUGCUGGGACAGCCAACUCUUCGCUAUCCCUCAUCUACAAUGAUCUCUCCAUCAUCGCUCGUAUCACCAAUGCCAUCGCUCUCCAAGCAGUAUCCAAAGAUCUCAAGGCUCGCAAAGUGAUCACCGAAUUUCUGAAGGUUCACAUGAAAAGUUUCGAGCAGUUGAUAGCAGUGGACCCGAAAAAGAUGCUGAAUGAUCUGGAACUUUUAUCGGAUACAAGCUCGCAAGUAUUCGAGGGAAAUACAAUGACUUCGGAGGAUUUCAAUGACAUUCAAGCGUUCAAUGAUGAUCUUAAUUUCCGCUUCUACCUGGCUCUGCCAGAAAAUGUAGGUGAUUUAGUGGACGAAUUUAUAACUGAAACCUACCGAAACAAACGGUUACUUUGUGACAAGACCACCGUUAAUAUAAUUAUGAAUUUUGGAAACGCUAUGGGCGAUAGUAAGGUCGACGACUUAAACACAAUUCGAGCCAUAAAAAGCAACUCGGCAGCUGUGGGGACAUGUAUGAAAUCGCUUGGUGAUUCCGGAGUCAUCCUGAACACUACCAAAAAGACUUAUUCAUCACUGUUGGGCCUCGCUGAUUAUCGAACAAUUCUCGACGAUAUCAGCCAGGACUCUUCGCUAUUUAUAAGUUUCCGAAGGAAUAUAGAUGUUGUGAAGAGUUAUGUGUUAAGGGCGAAAACGAGCUGGAAGAAUCCACGUCUCUAUGAUAGAGUUAAAACCAUUUCAUCGCUCAUAAAAAUGAUAUCCGAUCACGAGAAUGAGCCGAAACCUGAGUUAUGUACUGGAUUCAUUGGAGUGGAUGACACGGCAAAGGUUUUGGAAGACGUGAGGAGCCCAUGGUUCCAGAAGGAGAUUUCAAAGGGGAAAAGUACGAAAGACCUAGAGAAAGCAUUGGAACCAUUCGGCAAGUUCGCGAAAAAACUGCGGGAUUUCAAGAAAAGUUGGGAUGAAUUUUAUGGGAGCAUUAUGAAAGAAAAAAGUUUUCUGGAGAGUGUGCAACAAUCGUUGGAGAGCUUAGAAGUGUAUACAAGUCUAGACGAUCAAGUGACUUUCCUCACAAAGGCAUAUAAAGAUUAUGGAAACAUUUGGGCUAACAGUGCCAAAAAGUUUAAUGUCUCUCACCUUAAUGUAUUUGACGGUCAUGCCUCAAUGCUGAGCACUGCUCUAGGGCACGCAGACAAAAUUGAGUUCUGGUGUUUUAAAGCUCGCAAGGAAUAUGACUUUAUUACACUGGCACAUGUUUUCAAAACUAUCGGAAAUUUGGAUUUGACCGAAUCAGAAAUGAAUGUACUCCGGGAGAAGGUUAACAAAACGAAACAUUAUGAUGUCUUAAGUAAAUUCCUUCAAGAUUUUCCUACUUUUUCUUACAUGCAAGAUGGUUUUCAAGACGCUCAUGAUGAGAUCGUAAAGGAUGGAAAUUUUUCGAAAACUAUGGAAGAUUAUGUGGAUGCGAUGGUGAAUACAUCAGCAAAUCAGGCUCUCGAAUCCACCAAAAAACAUUUCGACCCGGAUUAUUUUUCCAUGACUCUGCAGUUUGUGAUGUCUUUGUUCCCGUUUUCGGAUGAGCAGAAGAAGAAAGAAUCGAGAAUGUUCUUUGAGGGCUUUGAAAAACUGAAGACUGACUUUUCGAAAUUGGAGGAGUUCGUGAAGACAUUGGGAUCGAAGAACUCGGAGUUGAUUCUCAACUUUAAGAAUUCUACAAGAUUAUCACAGACGUAUGGUCGUGGAGUCCACGUGUUUCGAGAUAUUUCAGAAACAUACAAACGGAGAAAAGCGUUGCUGGGUUUAUUGUCUUAUGAUGAUAGUGUUGCGAAUCUUAUUGUCGACAAUAAUAAAAAUAUUCCUGCAAGAGAAUUCCUGAUAAAGUCGGAUAUAAAGAAGGAUAUUGAGAAGUUGAUCAAAGAACUCGAAACUCUUGAGAAAUCGGUGAAACCAUUUGUCUCAAAAGAUUUCGAAACACUCCGACAAGCACUGAACACGGCGGUCAACGUGACUGGCUUACAGGGAUUCGAGUAUGGAUUUCGGGAUAUUAUGGACCAGAUGGCGCUAUACGGUCAAACAAUUUAUAAUGGACCUCCGUUGCCUGAAGAAAGCGUCAAAUUUGCUCUUGAACACUCUCGAAAAUUCGCUGAUUUGGGUUUGGAUUUCUCGUCUCACACUGGAGAUUUACUGGCCGCUUCUUUGAGUUUUGAUAACAUUCGGGAGGAGUUUAAUAUGAUGUUUGGGUUGAAUCCUCCGGUGCAUGAGAAGACUAUCAAAGAUCCGUGGCUUGUUGUCGUAAUCAUCUCAGUCGGUGUCUUCCUAAUUCUUGUGAUAGGUGUUCUUAUGAUCUACGGAUUGACCGAAAAAGGACGGAAUCAAUAUAAAAACUUGUAUCUGUUCUACUUUGGGAAACCAGAAGAUUUCGAAAAACGAUGGAGAUAUUCGCUAUUCAUGGACCGUAAGGAUGGAAGGAAUGCUCUAUUGGAUGCGACGAGAGAAAUCAAUGCACUGAAUGUAAAGAAGGAAGCGAAACGUGGAGCUUACAUCAAUGUGUUUACUGAAUUCGGCAACACACCCCUCCACUUGUCUUCUAAACAAGGCUACCCGGAAAUCGUUGAAGUUCUUAUCAAGAACGGAGCUGAUCGGUCUCUUUUGAAUUAUCAGAAUAGGACACCCGAACAAAUGAUACCGGAGAACUACCAGGAGACACAUCCAGAGAAAGUGGAGAAGUAUAAGAAAAUCGAGGCGAUUUAUAGCAAAUAUCGAAACAAGAAAUUCCGAAAACGAGUGCCUGAAGUGUUCCCGUCAAGCUCAUUCCAUAUUUAUGUUGAGGACAAGGCCGAUAUUGAUUUGACUAACUCUUUUAUGGCGAAAUUCAAGGCUAUUGUCACCCCCACUCUUAUCCCCUCCACAACUCAUGUAAUCGUGAAAACUGAUUCGGAUGGCGUUCUCGAAAUCGACGGUUUUGAAUACUUGACAUGGAUAAUGAAUGGGGUAAUUAUAGUGAAGGAAUCCUGGAUGACAGACUGUCUGAAGAAUCCGAAACUCAUUGAGAAAGAUUCAAAAUACUUAGUUGAGAAGGUCAGAUUCAAAGAUGUUGAAUAUGAUACAGUAACCCAAUGGUCGAAAGCUAUGGCCAAAGGAGAAAUGCCCUAUUUGUUUGGGGUUUAUGUUUGUAUUGUGAUGAAGGAACAGAAGAAUGUAUUCCACAUCACCUCGAUUGUCAAUGCUCAAGGUGGUACAAUGUGUAAAGAUUUCCCAGAAAAACAACACUAUAACAUUGGAUCCCACCCAUAUCUUCAUGCUCACCUCGGACCACUAUUUAUUAUUACUGAUGGCUUGACUGACCUCACUCUCUAUAGAAACGAUCCGGAUAAGAUGUACACGAUUUUCACUGAGAAGGAAUUCGUGCACUUCUUGUUGAAACGAGAGAUCAAUACGGAUGCAAGACCGAAUCCGAUUCCGGUGGCAAAAGAAGAAGAGGAAUGA